GGAAGUUUCCCUCAGAGCCGCAGGGGACGGCGAAGGGAGCGGUCGCAGGCCCCUUGCGCUCCUCCUUUCUCGCUCCGGAGGUGGACGGCGGCGCCAGGACGGAGGAGAGGCGGCGGAGAGGCCGGGCCCGGCGGCCUCGGAGGGCGAAGAAGGCCCCGCUGAAGGGAGGCGGCGGCGAGGAGGACGGAGAGGACGAGGAAGGGGAAGGGGCCUGGGCCGCCGCCGCCAUGGAGCCCCCCGGGCAGGUCAAGGACCGCAUCCUCGAGAACAUCUCGCUCUCCGUCAAGAAGUUGCAGAGCUACUUUGCCGCCUGCGAGGAUGAGACGCCAGCCAUCAGAAACCACGACACUGUCCUCCAGCGGCUCUGUGAGCACCUUGACCAUGCUUUGCUCUAUGGGCUCCAAGACCUCCCUGCCGGCUACUGGGUGUUGGUGGUCCACUUCACCCGCCGUGAGGCCAUUGAGCAGAUCGAGCUGCUGGAACAUGUGGCCACCAACCUGGGGCGGAGCCGAGCCUGGCUGUACCUGGCCCUCAAUGAGAACUCCUUGGAGAGCUACCUGCGCCUUUUCCAGGAAAACCUGAGUCUGCUGCACAAGUAUUACGUCAAGAACGCACUUGUCUGUAGCCACGACCACCUGACCCUCUUCCUCACACUGGUCUCUGGCCUGGAGUUUAUCCGUUUCGACUUGGACCUGGACGCUCCCUACCUGGACCUGGCGCCUUACAUGCCCGACUACUACAAGCCCCAGUACCUGCUGGACUUUGAGGACCGCCUGCCCGGCUCGGUCCACGGCUCCGACAGCCUCUCGCUCAACUCCUUCAACUCCGUCACCUCCACCAAUCUGGAGUGGGACGACAGCGCCAUCGCUCCCUCCAGUGAGGAUUAUGAUUUUGGCGACGUCUUCCCUGCGGUGCCGUCGGUGCCCACUGCAGCCUGGGAAGACGGAGACCUGACCGACACCCUCAGCUGCCCACGUUCGGUGACCUCGGAGUUGACCACCGGCCGGGCUCUGGCCAAGAGCCCCCAGCAGCAGCAGCCGCAACGCUACAACCCUUUCAACGAGAAGGUGGAGGCCCUCUCCUCCCUUGAGAGCACCCCGGUCCAUUCGGCUGCACACGAGAAAGUGGACAACACCGCUGCGGAAGGGACAGACCAGUCCGAGGGUGGCACGGAGCUGGAGGUCAUCAGGCUGGCGAAGAAGAAGAAGACCGGGAAGAAGAAGAAGGCCCGUCUGGAGGAGGCGGCCCGCUCUGCCCCGGAGGAGGAGGAGGAAGGGGAGGGAGGGGUCCAGAGGGGGGUCCGGGCCGAGCGGCAGGAGGGUCCCACGGAGAGCGCCCGGGCCCCCUCCCCGCCACAGCUAGGCCUCUGCAUCCCUGAGAUGAAGGACACUUCCAUGGAGCGGGUGGGCCGCUCCCUCAGCAAGGUCAUCGACUCCCUGGGGGAUGUUGGUGGUGCAGGGUGGAGUGGCCCUGCAGAAGAAGCCCCUCCCCUCCAGCAGCAGCCCUUUCGGACCGAUGCGCCAGGGGAGACCCCCGCCGAGGGCUCGCCCCCUCCCCCUGGCAGUGGCUUUGGGGAGGGGGCUCUGGCCCCCAUGGACUUCUACCGCUUUACCCUCGAGAGUCCAAACGCUCCUGCGGCAAGUGGUGGCCACCAUGACCCUGCAGGGGAUGGCCAACCGACACAUGUUCCUGGUGGCCCUCAAGCUGCUCCAGAAGAGGAAGGAGGAGGAAGAGGAGGCGGAGAGGGAGAGGCGGCUGGGCCCUCUGUAGCCGGAUGGGCAGAGGAAGCGGAAGAGGGCGAGGAAGGGGAAGCAGGGGCCGCCCCGGAGGAGCCCCUCGACAAACCCAAGGAGGGCCAGGCGAGCCCCUCCCCAAGCAGCGCAGAGGACUCCGGGGUGGAAGAGGGCCAAGGGAGCCCUUCCGAGGCGGCGGGACACCCCUCCGAGUUCAGGGUGGACAACAACCACUUGUUGCUGCUGAUGAUCCACGUCUUCCGGGAGAACGAGGAGCAGCUCUUCAGGAUGAUUCGGAUGAGCACGGGGCACAUGGAGGGGAUGCUGCAGCUGGUCUUCGUGCUGCUCACCGACUGUUACAUCUACCUCAUCCGCAAAGGGGCCGCGGAGAAACCCUACAUGGUGGAGGAGGCCGUUUCCUACAACGAACUGGACUACAUCUCGGUGGGCCUGGAUCAGCAGACGGUGACCUUGGUCUGCACCAAUCGCAGGAAGCAGUUCCUCCUGGAUGCGGCCGACGCCACCCUGACCGAGUUCUUCCUGGUCUCCCUGAAGUCUGCCAUGAUCAAAGGCUGCCGGGAGCCGCCUUAUCCCAGCAUCUUGACGGACGCCACCAUGGAGAAGCUGGCCCUGGCUAAGUUCGUGGCCCAGCAGUCCAAGCGGGAGAUCUCGGAGGUGGUGGUGUGCUUCUACGGCCUGGUUCACUGGGAGGACCCCCUGGAGGAGGGGCAGGGGCCGGCCCCCGCCCCCUACGCUCCCGCCGAGAAUGGCAUCACCAAGGAGGGCGUCCUCAACUACAAGGCUGGCACCAACUACCUGGGCAAGGAGAACUGGAAGCCCUGCUUUGUGGUGCUCAGCAACGGCAUCCUGUACCAGUACCCAGACCGCACUGAUGUCACCCCUCUGCUCUCCAUCAACAUGGGUGGGGAGCAGUGCGGCGGAUGCCGGCGGUCGAACACCACGGAGCGGCCGCAUUCCUUCCAGGUGAUCCUGACCGACCGGCCGGGGCUGGAGCUCAGUGCCGAGAAUGAGGAAGAGAUGGCCGACUGGAUGCAGUACCUGUGCCAGGCCGUCUCCAAAGGGGUCAUCCCGCAAGGAGUGGUCCCCGCGCCCUGUGUGCCCUGCUGCCUGGUGCUGACAGAGCAGAAGCUCUUCACCUGCCACGAGGACUGUCAGACCAGCUUCUUCCGCUCCCUGGGCGCCGCGGAGCUGCCGGACGUGGCCUCCGUCUCCACUGAGGCUGGCCGGGAGUACUGCCUCCUGGAGUUUGCCCAGGACCGCAAGCAGUUCCUGCCCCCCUGGAUCCUCUACUUCAGCUGUUUGGCAGAGCUGGAGCGCUUCCUUUCGGCGCUGGACGCGGCCUGGAGGAACAUCUACCAGGUGGAGCUCUUGCACAAGCGGCUGGAGGAGGCCUCCGUCCGGAAGAAGUGCCAGGACGCCCUGAGCCUCAUCCACAGCUCCUGGCAGCGGAGCGACAGCCUCUGCCGGGGCCGAGCCUCCAGGGACCCCUGGUGUUAGGAAGGGGAGGGGGAGGAGGAGGAAGAUAGGCCUCCAAAGCGCAAAGCGGGGGUGGGUUCAGGGCUGCUGCUUCCCGAACGUGAGGCCCUCUGCCCGGGAGGGCUCCUAGGCCAGGCAGGCCUCGGUUGAGGUGUUGGGCACCCGUCGCCGGGUCCGUCCGUCGGACUGAACGCACGCCGUAACCCCUCAGUGCCACAACAGGGAUUGCAGAACCAGACCUGCCUUGGUGCGGUACAGACUGAGUGCGGAGAAGGAGGCGUAAGGGGUCGAACGCCAGAGCAGCGCCGUUCGUUUACAAGGAAGGAAGGAAGCAGCGGAAUGGGGCUGUCUCGGGGCCCCCUCCUGCAUGCGUCUCCCUCCUCGCCCGAUUUGCACUGCUUCGCCGCCUAACAUUAUGGUACGGCCACACCGGCUUCUUCGCAAGCCCCGUCUAUCUGGGAAGGGCUGGCGAUGGAGUGAGUGGGCCCAUCUCCAAAGAGGUGCAGAUGGCUUGAAUAGCCAGAAGGUGUCACUCUUGAGCCAAACAGAAAGGCCCAUUGAGGCAGCUUCCGAACGAACUGAGUCCGGGAAACAGGCAGAGGGGUUGGGUCUUCAGUUUCCUUGGUGGUGCCCGGGAGUUGUUUUUAUUAAGCUGUUACAUGUUUUUAAACACUUUAACACAACUAGGGCGUUGCUCAUGUACUUCCAUGCAUUCACACGGGGGCCUUUGUGUUUUUGUUUUGUUUUUUUUGCUCCUGGGAGGCGGGGGCCUCUUGGGAAGAUGUUCCUGUACAUAUAUAUAUAUAUAUAUAUAUACCCUCUCGAUUCCAUCCUGUAAUAAAAUGCUGCUUCUGGGUGA